UAGUUUUUGCCUUCAUUCCCCAUCAAUCCUUCACAAAUCUCACAAAUCUUAUCACUUCACAAAUCUCACAAAUCUUAUCACUUCACAAAUCAACCUCAUUUCAAAACACCAUGUACUCGAAAUUCAUCAGUAUCGCAUUCGUCUUCGCUGCUACUUUGUCCUUGACGGGCGCAGUCGUCUUCCCCAGGGACAACGAUAAGCACUAUUCUCCAUCGUCGUGUGCGACAUCCACAUGGCAGGACGGUCAAUCACAGUGGCAUUCUGCGCCCUGCCCUACGCCAACGUCUCAGCAUCAUGAGGGUCGGGAUGGUAAGCCUAUGGCAACUCCUACACCCACGGCCACUCCUACGCCUAUGACCACUCCUACGCCUACGACCACUCCUACGCCCACGACCACUCAGCCCACGACCACUCAGUCCACGGCUACUAACACCGGCACACCCACCAAAACUGCCAAACCAUCCGACACCGACAAACAUGAUGGAAAGCCCACUCAGUCGGCCGCUGCUAAUUCCGUCUCGUGUGAUGGUUUUCAGCCUUGGCAGGCUAAUCUCGCAUAUUCCGCUGGUGCCCAGGUGAUAUUUAACAACCAACUGUGGACCGCUACACAGUGGAGUUAUAACAACAACCCCGAGUCUGCCGCUGCCGAGUGGACUCAGAACGGGUGUUGCAAUCAACCAGUCAGCAACAAAGUCGAUUGCACUGGCGUUCCCGCUUGGAACAAGGGUACUGCUUACUCUGGGGGCGCUAAGGUGACUUUCAAUGGUCAUCUCUGGAUCUCGACACAGUGGACAUCGAGCAACCAGCCUGGCGACACUUCCGGAACUUGGAAGGACUUGGGUGCCUGUAACUAAUUACUUUUCCCAUCCUGUUUGUACUCUUUAGAGUUUACCCAUCGGACUUCAUUUGAAGGACUUCAUUAUGGACAUUGACUACCUUGCUUGUAUUCUUAAAUUGAUCAAUGUGUUUUUAUUCCCUUGCUUAUUUCGUGUGAUUUCUUUGGC